AUGUUGGUCUCAGUUGUCCUCCUAAUCUUACGGAUUUCUAUUGCGGGCGGACAAGUGAGACAUUGUGAUUUUCCAAAAAUAAACCAUGGAAUUUUAUAUAACGAAAAGAAAUACAAGCCAUUUUUCCCACUUCCUAUUGGGAAAGUUUUCUAUUAUUCCUGUGAAUAUAAUUUUAUGUCGCCUUCAAGAUCCUUUUGGACUCGCAUAACAUGCACAGCGGGUGGAUGGUCACCAGCACCAAAGUGUCUCAGACUGUGUUUCUUUCCUUUCGUGGAAAACGGUCAUUCUACAUCUUCAGGACGAACACACCUGGAAGGCGACACUGUUAAAAUUGCCUGUGAUAAAGGCUACAGCCUCCCAAAUCAUCAGAGCAUCAUUGCAUGUGCAGAAGGUGGCUGGUCCUCCCCUCCUGAAUGCGUAUCCACCAAAAUAGAAUGUCAUCUUCCACUUUUGGAAGCAAAUGUAGAUGCUCAUCCAAAACAAGAAAAAUACAAAGUUGGAGACGUGUUGAAAUUCUCCUGCAGAGAAAGACUUAGAAGAGUUGGGCCGGAUUCAGUUCAAUGUUACCAAUUUGGGUGGUCACCUAAUUUUCCAACAUGCAAAGGGCAAGUACAGUCGUGUGAUCAACCUCCCCAGCUCCCCAGCGGGGAAAUCAAGGACCUCAAACAAGAAAAGUAUGAACAUGGUGAAAUGGUGGAGUACGCUUGCAAUCCUGAUUUUCUAAUGAAGGGACCUAAGAAAAUCCAAUGUGUGGAUGGAGAGUGGACAGCUUUGCCCACCUGUGUUGAACCAGGGAAAACAUGUGGAUCUAUACCUGAACUUGAGAAUGGCUUUGGCCAGCCCUCUGCCCCUCCCUAUCGACAUGGAGUUUCAGUGGUGUUGAAUUGCAGAAAUACAUAUACAGUGAUUGGAAAUAAUACAAUUACGUGUAUUGAUGGAAUGUGGACUGAGCUUCCUAAGUGUGUUGCAACAAAUCAACUUAAGAGGUGUAUAAAACCAAGACUUUAUGCAAGAGGAUUGUUAAGUUCAUAUAUGCAUGAAUUUAAUCAUAACGCCAGAAUAAAUUACAAAUGUACUGGGAAGGAUACAUAUAUACCAAUAGUCUGCAUCAACGGGAAAUGGGACCCUGAACCAGACUGCAUAGGAAAAAAGAAACCACUGUGCCCACCUCCACCUCAGAUACCUAAUGCCCAUAAUAUGCUAACCACAGUGAAUUAUCAGGAAGGAGAGAAGGUAGCUGUUCUCUGUAAAGAAAACUAUGUACUUCAUGAAGCGAAAGAACUUGUGUGUAAAAGUGGACUCUGGCAGUCAUUACCACACUGUACUGAGUCCACACGAUACUGUGGGCCCCCUCCACCUAUUAACAAUGGAGACAUCACCCUCUUCUCCUUAUCAGUAUACCCUCCAGGAUCGACAGUUGAGUACCGUUGCCAGUCUUUCUACGAGCUUCGGGGCUCCCCGAAUGUGACGUGCAGAAACGGACAGUGGUCAGAGCCACCCACAUGCAUAGAUGCAUGUGUCAUAUCUGAAGAUAACAUGAAUAAAAAUAACAUACAGUUAAAAUGGAGAAAAACCCAAAAAAUAUAUGCAAGGACAGGCGAUAUCGUUGAAUUUGAAUGUAAACAGCCACAUAAAGCGAGAACAUCUAUACAAUCAUUUCGAGCCGUCUGUCAGGAAGGGAAAUUUCAAUAUCCUACGUGUGAAUGA